GGAGGUGGUCUGUGGGCUCUCUGGCCUCGCUUGUCACUGGGGCUGGGAGCCCAGCACAGGCAGACACAACAGCAUCUGCCUGCGUCUGGGACCGGUGGGAUCUCUGGUGUAUUGCAGUGGGUUGGGGCUGGCUUAGCUCUGCUGGGCUCUCUUUCAAAGAGUUUGCAUUUAAACAAUUUCUCUGUUAAAUCAGCCUGAAUGGUUUUCUGUCCUACAAAGCCAGUUAAGCGUUCUGGAGAGGCAGAGCACUUCAGUGCAGCUUACAGGACCUGCAGCAUCAGCGUCUCUGGGAAGCUCCAGCCUUGGGGUGUGCUUAUGGGGGUUGCUUUGCUGUGGGUCCUCACUCUUCUUUACCAUCAGUAGGCUGGCAAGCAGCGCAGAGGAUUGGCAGCCCUGAACCCCAGCUCUGCUAAUACUGGCAAAUUGCUUCAGCCCUUGUUUUUGUUUCAGAAUCAAAUUAUGCUCUGGAAGCAGGAGACUCUCGUUUCUUAGUGAUUAAGUCCUCUGUGUUCCGUUUGCCUAGUCCUGGUCAGUCAGAGACAUUUUGGUAGCCUAAGUGCCUGCAACACCUUUGAUGUAUUUCCCUUGGCAGGAGCCUUGUGGGGCAGGACUGUGCUGUGCAGCUCACACUCAAGAGGGUGAAUUGAGGCCCAGAGAAUUUAUGUAAAGGGGGUUGUGGUUGCAGCAGAGAGUUUAAUGAAGGCUCUGGAGGCCUUGGCUGAUCCUGAACAACUUCCUUAUCCUCCAUGUUCAUACUGGGGGAGGGCAGCAGAAAAGCUCUUGGACUUCUUGUCCAUCAUAUAACUUCUCUCUCUACAGAUUUUUUUUAGAGUUACAAGAAGUUGAAACAAACUGCUCACAGCCUCCCAGAAUGGCAGACCAGAAGCGCCUUGCCUACUCCAUCAUCCAGUUUCUACAUGAUCAGCUACAGAAUGGGGGUCUGUCUCCAGAUGCUCAGGAGAGUUUGGAAGUGGCCAUCCAGUGCCUGGAGACAGCAUUUGGGGUCUCAAUGGAAGAUCAAGGCCUAGCUGUGUCCCAGAGUCUUCCUGAAAUAUUUGAAGCUGCUGCAGGAAAGGAGCCUGAACACAUCAGAACAAAUUCGGAGCCCAUCACCCCCUCUGAAGAUGACAUAGCUGAAGCUGAAAGACUCAAGACUGAAGGAAAUGAACAAAUGAAGGCAGAAAAUUUUGAAGCUGCUGUGUCUUUCUAUGGAAAAGCAAUUGAAUUAAAUCCAUCCAAUGCUGUGUAUUUCUGCAACAGAGCUGCUGCAUACAGUAAACUAGGAAAUUAUGCUGGAGCAGUGAGAGACUGUGAAAGAGCUAUAGGCAUUGAUCCAAACUACAGCAAAGCUUAUGGCAGAAUGGGCUUGGCCCUCUCCAGUUUAAACAAACACACAGAAGCUGUUGUUUACUACAAAAAAGCCCUGGAGCUGGAUCCAGACAAUGACACAUACAAAUCAAACCUUAAAAUAGCUGAACAGAAAAUGAAGGAGACUCCUAGUCCAACUGGAGGUCCAGGAGGAUUUGAUUUAGCUGGCUUGCUGAACAACCCGGGCUUCAUGAGUAUGGCAUCUAACCUAAUGAACAAUCCACAAGUACAACAGCUCAUGUCUGGGAUGAUUUCUGGUGGCCACAACACCAUGGGAGCAGCAGGCACCAGCCCCUCCACGAAUGAUCUUGCCAGCCUCAUACAAGCGGGCCAGCAGUUCGCUCAGCAGAUGCAGCAGCAGAAUCCUGAACUAAUAGAGCAGCUACGAAGCCAGAUUAGGAGUCGAACUCCAAGUGCCAGUAAUGAAGAUCAGCAGGAAUGAGCACUCCAGCACAGUCCGUGGGAACUAUGUUCUUUGCUUUAAAAACUGGAAGCCAUGUGUGUGUUGCCAUUUCUUGAGUUGGAAGUGUCCAAGAGGGGGAAAAAAAAUAAUGGAAAAACAAAAUACUUUAUAUGACCUGCAUGUUAAAGACAGAUUCACGCUUUCUUUCCCUAGUCUUCGUUCCUGCUCCUCCCCCUCAGCCUUUCCAUUAGUCUUUUUUUCUUCUGGAAGAUCCAGCAAGCUGAACACAAACCAGCAUCAACAGUCUUUCUAAAGAAACUCAGAAAAUUAACUACACUAUUACAUUUCUAUGUUAUUUGCUACAUGGGAAUUUUUUAACCCGUUUUUGAAGAACGAUGCACUCUUCACUACAGGAUGUCUUCACUUUCCUGCCCACGUGCCACUUCAAAGAAGUGUUCAAGUCCUACCUAACCCCCGUCCUGCCGCGUUUAAUCUUCCUGCCAGUUACGAGAUGGUAGUGUUUGAACACUCUGGAGAUCACAGGAUCUUCUUGCCUCCAGGAACAGGGUUUCUGUUGAUUAGAUUGACUGCGUUUCUCAUUCAGGUCUGUAGCAACGUUGCCAGUGUUGUUAAUACACAGGAGUUUGGUGCUCACCUCUCAAAGGUUAGUGUAAAUGUGUUGGGGGGGAGGGGGGUUGGGACUGGCCAGGAAGAACAUGCCCAUGUGCAACUGCUCCUUUAGUGAGUGUUUCCUGGUACGCUUCUUGGGGUUCUUUCCCAGUCCUGACAAAAUUUGUCUAGUGUUUAGUAAUUAUGGCUAUGUUGUUGGAAUGAUCCAAUCUGUGAACUAGUCAGGUGGACAGUAAGAAAGAUAUGAUGUUUUUGGUGUUUUAAAAGGUUUUUUUCUUCUGCUUUUUUAAUCUGUCUUUUAUGCAUGUAAGUAAUCAGCCUGGUUGACUGUGCUAAUGGUAGGAUUAGAGGGCGCCUGAGUAGGGAGCAGAAGGAAUAAAAAUGCUGCUUGGAUAGUCAGAAAUCAAGUGUUUGCUGGUUCAACGUGGGGGAUCGGUGAGGAGCCGUUAUGCCUCGGCAUGUAGUGUGUGAGAUGAGGGAAAAGCUCCUGUAGCCAACUCAAGUGACCCGCAGCUUUCAGCCCCUCUAGAGUUACCCGUGUCCUUCCCUGGGUGAACAGAGGGCUCUGGCCAGCUCCCCUAGAAGUUGCUAGUUGAGGCCAGAGACUCUUAUAUCGACCUCAGAAUUGUUUUUCAAAGUAGUUAUUCGAUUGUGGGGGGGAAGGUGUGUUCAUGGCCUGACUGCUGGGCAAAGAGCAUCUGGUCUGAGGGUGGGUAGGUGUGAGAUGGAAAACGCCCUUUCAGGAGACCUGGUGGUGUGAGUGAGCAGGUAUAAUUGAAGAUUAAUAUCAAGGAAAAAAAUGAUUUGUAAAUGCUCCAUAAAGUAAUAUGUGGUUAAUGUAACUUGUGAAGAAUAAAAUAUUUGGACACUUUCUUUGUUAUCCCUCUUGCCCAGGUGACUGAAGAAAGACCCGUGUGCCUGGGGCCAGCUCGGGCGCAUGUUGGGCUGCGGUGCCUGUUUCCAGCGCUGCUGACCCCAGAGGCUUGUGCAGGGUCAUCCCUCGGGGCUGGGGCCACUGCCAGGCACAGCCUACAGAUGGGUUUUAUCUGCCUCUUCCAGUUUUUUUGCAUUCUUUCCUGCUGAAAUGCUCCCCCUGUGUAUUUCUGCAGGACAGAAAUAGGAAAUCUUUCUUUCCAUUUCUGCUUCCCCUACUCCCUUUAAGUUCUCUCUGGCUGUUUUUUGUAACCUAACAAAAGGACAAGUUUCAGACUAUGGGACAGCGUGGAAAGAGUUCAAGAAUUGUCCAAAAGGAGGAAAUGGCAGGGAUGUUUGUUUUUCCUCCCUUUUCAGGUCAUU